GUUUACCUCCGAGGUAACGUUUUACUUAAUGCUCCCUGCUCCAAAUUGACGUCAUUAGCGUAUGGAAAUUUAACAUUGCAGGUAUAGGACAUCCGGGCACUUUGUCUGGGUUAGCGUGGUUCGCGGACAAAGAAGGGAGGGCUGCCAUAUUUGUUUCCCACGAGGCAGGAACCGGUGCAAUAUUGUGCAGUUUACCGGCAUCUGGAUCGGAAAACGACACCGACAACACUGCAGAGAUCGAAUAGACAGGGUUAUCUUUCGAUUGAGGGGUAAAGAAAGUGUUUGACAUGGCGUCUGACCCGUCUGCUUUGCGACGACCGUUCGACCCAGUUGCUCAUGAGCUGGAUCCCAAUUUCAGACUCACUAAGUUUGCUGAUCUAAAAGGAUGAGGGUGUAAGGUCCCACAAGAAGUUCUGCUCAAACUUCUUGAGGGACUGCAAACUGACGUAAGUGCACAAGAGGUCGAACAGUCGCAUUUUAGCUAUGUCGCCGCCGUGCCGCGCAUUGGUAUUGGGAUGGAUGCUUGCGUCACCCCUUUGCGCCAUGGUGGACUGUCCCUCGUGCAAACAACAGACUUUUUCUACCCUCUUGUUGAUGAUCCAUACAUGAUGGGUAAGAUUGCCUGUUCUAAUGUGCUAAGUGACUUGUACGCCAUGGGUGUGACGGAAUGUGACAACAUGCUCUGUCUGUUGGGUGUUAGCACUAAGAUGUCAGACAAAGAAAGGGAUGUUGUUGUUCCUCUUCUGCUUCGUGGAUUCAAGGACCAAGCUGAUGAGGCUGGGACCAGUGUGAAUGGUGGUCAGACUGUUCUCAACCCUUGGAUGACCAUAGGAGGUGUAGCAACAACCGUCUGUCAGCCAAACGAGUUCAUCAUGCCAGAUAAUGCUGUUGUUGGUGAUGUAUUGGUUUUAACUAAACCUCUGGGAACCCAAGUGGCAGUGAAUGCCUACCAGUGGUUGGAUCAGCCAGACAGAUGGAACAGAAUCAAAUUGGUGGUCAGCGAGGAGGAUGUGAGAAAAGCAUACCAGAGAGCCAUGUUCAGUAUGGCAAGAUUAAACAGAACAGCUUCUCGUUUGAUGCAUAAGUACAACGCCCAUGGAGCAACUGAUGUUACAGGUUUUGGUCUUUUGGGGCAUGCUAACAACUUGGCACGCAUACAGAAAAAUGAGGUUGGUUUUGUGAUCCACAACUUGCCAGUGAUUGCUAAGAUGGCUGCUGUGAGUAAGGCAUGUGGAAACAUGUUUGGGCUUCUACAGGGUCAGUCAGCAGAGACAUCAGGUGGUUUACUAAUAGCCCUACCCCGUGAACAAGCUGCAGCAUAUUGUAAAGACAUUGAGAAGACAGAAGGCUACCAAGCCUGGAUUAUAGGUAUCGUCGAGAAAGGCACCCGGUCAGCCAGAAUUAUCGACAAACCAAGAGUCAUUGAGGUCCCUGCUAAAGAAAAAGAUGGGGAGCUUUGGUAA